AUGGAUUGGACCAACACCAAUGCGAGGCGACAGCAGCAGCACCACCUUGUAUCUCGACCUGAACCUUCCUUUGGUUUCCUCUACAACUCUAACUUCGACCACAUUCCUCAUCCUGGAAUGGAAAUGAAGUACUCGGACACACCACAAGGAUCAGCACCUUCUUCCAUGGAGAGGAACAGUCAUCACAUGAUGAGUUACGGCUGCAGCAGUCAAGAGAAGAAGAAGCGAUUGUCAACCGAUCAGUUAGAGUCACUGGAGAGGAGUUUUCAAGAGGAGAUAAAGCUUGACCCUGAUAGAAAGAUGAAGCUGUCGAGAGAUCUCGGCCUCCAGCCUCGGCAAAUCGCUGUUUGGUUCCAAAACCGACGAGCAAGGUGGAAGGCUAAGCAGCUCGAACGCUUGUACGAUGCCCUCAAACAAGAGUAUGACGCCGUCUCUAAAGAGAAGCAAAAGCUGCAAGACGAGGUCAUGAAGCUAAAGACUGUUCUGAGAGAAGUUGCUAGGAAGCAAGUUUCUCCGGGAUAUACUGAAAUCUCCGGCGAAGAGACGGUGGAAAGCACUUCGGUAGCUGCCACUCGAAGCUCGAACAAGGCAGGAGGGUCGAGCCAGCAUCAGAUUGCAGAGGGCACCUAUCUUUUCAAUGUUGAGGAGUAUAAUCCUGUAUCACCACCUUACUGGGGUGGCCUGCCUUCAUAUCCCUAG